AUGGAAAAGGCAACAGUCGUGCCCUGCACGGGUUACAAUGUGGUGGUCGGCUACGAAUUUUGGCGUCAGCUACCGCUGGACUUGAUCAAGUAUGUCCCAGCAUCCAAGUACAUUAUCAUUACCGACCUCAAUGUUCAGCAGCAUUAUGGCGAUGAGCUCUUACGCGCCUUGAAUGAAGCGCUUCCCGACGGCAUCGAGGCCCUGCUCUAUGCCGUCGCGCCUGGUGAAGCCAGCAAGUCGCGUGAGACCAAACGUGCCCUUGAGGACUGGAUGCUGGCGCGCGGCUUUGACCGCAAAUCUUGCAUCGUAGCCUUGGGUGGCGGUGUUGUGGGUGAUUUGGCCGGGUUUGUGGCCGCCACCUUCAUGCGCGGCAUCAACUUUGUCCAGGUGCCCACCACCUUGUUGGCCAUGGUCGACUCCUCCAUCGGCGGCAAGACAGGCAUUGACACGCCCGCGGGCAAAAACCUCGUUGGCGCCUUUCACCGACCUAAGCGCGUCUACGCCGACUUGGCUUUCCUGAGCACCUUGCCCGAGCGUGAAUUCAACAACGGCAUGGCCGAGGUUAUCAAAGCCGGCGCCAUCUAUGAUGCUGCCCUCUUUCAGCUUCUUGAGCUGCAAUCCGAGCAAAUUCGCGCCCUAGAUCCCGAUCUUUUGACCCAGAUGGUGCUGGCUGCCGUUCGCGUCAAAGUUACAGUUGUGCUGCAGGACGAAAAGGAAGCUGGCCUCCGUGCCAUCCUCAACUUUGGUCACUCCAUCGGCCAUGGUAUCGAAGCCCUCCUAACUGGGCACUGGUUGCAUGGCGAGUGCGUGGCAGUGGGCAUGAUCAAGGAGACGGAGGUGGCUCGCGCGCGCGGCAUUCUCUCACCGGACGCCUUGAACCGCCUCCUGAGCUGCUGUCAGGCUUACCACUUGCCCACAACCAUCCCAACUGGUGUGAGUCACAACGAUGUGCUGCACAAAAUGGCUGUGGACAAGAAGAACGAACGUGGUCGCAAGCACAUCGUCUUCCUUCGCGCCAUUGGUGACGCUGGACAGGGGGCCGAGCCCGUAGAGGACGACCUACUCCUCCGUAUCAUGGCACCUGCCGUGGAAGUGGUGCCCCAUGGGCCCAUUGCCGGCACGAUUCGAGUGCCGGGCUCCAAGUCCAUUUCAAACCGUGUCCUCCUGAUGGCCGCCCUCGGUCGGGGCGUUUGCCGACUCCGUGGUCUUUUGCACUCGGACGACACAAAAGUUAUGAUUGCCGCGCUUCGCAAGCUCGGUGUACGAAUCGAAUUCGAGGACAACGGCCACGUGCUCUUGAUCCAAGGCUGUGAUGGCAAGCUCCAGGCUGCCGGCGACAAUGCGCUCUUCUUGGCAAAUGCGGGGACGGCAUCGCGCUUCCUCACGUCAGCUUGUUGUUUGGCAUCCAGCGGUCACAGUCUGGUGACCGGCGUCAAGCGUAUGCACGAACGCCCCAUUGGGGAUUUGGUCGAGGCUCUGCGCGCAGUGGAUUGUGCGAUUGACUAUCUGGAUCAAGAGGGGUAUCCGCCGUUGCGCGUGCAUGGUACCGGGUUGCCAGGUGGCACCAUUCAGCUGGCUGCAACCGUCUCCAGCCAAUACGUGUCGUCCAUCCUCUUGGCAGCCCCUUACGCCCAGGCGCCCGUCACUUUAGAGCUGGUGGGCGAGGUUGUGUCACAGCCUUAUAUCGACAUGACUGUCGCGCUCAUGAAGCAGUUUGGCGUUGAUGUCGAGGCACACAGCGGCAGUCGCUACGUUAUCCCCAACACCGGCUACCAACUUCCGGACACCUUUGACGUAGAGUCAGAUGCCUCCUCCGCCAGUUAUCCCCUGGCUAUGGCGGCCAUCUCUGGAGGACGCGUGACCGUCGCAGCCAUGGGGUCUGGGAGCUUGCAAGGUGAUGCUGCCUUUUGUCGCGUGCUGGAGCGCAUGGGUUGCGAGGUGGAACAAACGAGCGAUGCAACUACCGUGGUUGGCUGCGUGCCCGGCACGUUGCAGCCCGUGGACGUGGACAUGGGAGACAUCACGGACACCUUCAUGACUGCCGCCGUACUGAUGGCUACUUGCCCCAAGGGCUCGCGAAGCACUAUCACCAACAUUGCCAACCAACGCGUGAAGGAAUGCAACCGCAUCACCGCCAUGCUUACUGAACUGGGCAAAUGUGGCGUGCACUGCGAGGAACUCGAGACAGGCCUUGCCAUUUUCGGCCAGGGCGCCGAUUCGCCUGCUUCACUCAAGCGUGGCGUACCCGUGGAAUGCUAUCGCGAUCACCGAAUUGCGAUGAGUUUUGGCGUGCUGGGUUGUCUCUGGCCCAACGUGCAAAUCACUGACAAGGAUUGUACCGACAAGACGUACCCCAGCUUCUGGGACGAUGUCUGCAACCUGCAGGGUCAUCGCAACGCCGUCUUGCACGCGUCCAUUGAGGAACAGACUUCCGCAGCGGCGGGCAGCGCAGGACACGCCGGUGCUCGUGACCGACAGAGCGUCUGCAUUAUUGGCAUGCGCGGGGCAGGCAAGUCCACGCUUGCGCGGGCUGCGGCCGCCCAUCUGGGUUAUCAGUUCUUGGAUCUGGAUGUGGUGCUGGAGGAGCGAUGUGAAGGGGGCAUCAAGACCUUUGUUGAGCAGCAGGGCUGGCCCGCCUUUCGAGAUGCCGAGGAGCGGGUGCUGGCCGACACUUUGCGAGCACAUCCGACUGGCGCGGUAAUUGCUUGUGGGGGUGGUAUUGUGGAGCGCGAGGCCAAUUGUGCCGUUCUCCAGGCCACAAAACUGCCCAUCAUCUGGCUUGACCGCCCGUUGGUGGACAUCGAACGCUACCUGGCUGCCGACGGCGUUCGUCCUGCUUAUCUGGAGGAAGUGGCGGAGGUGUACGCUCGGCGUCAGCCUCGCUUUGCCGCGUGCGCCGACUGGCGCUUUCCAGUGGCCGAGGGAGCCACGGAUCUGUUGUGUUGGAAGCAGCACUUUGGGCGCCUCUGUGCCCUGGCGACUGGACUGAGCCCGCGCGUACCUGCUUGGGUUUACUCCAAGUUUGUGUGCUUAACGCAGCCAGAUGUGCGUGCCGUGCCCGCGGCACAAUUGGCGGAAAUCGUGGCCAAUGCUCAGGCCGUGGAGCUGCGGGUUGAUUUAUUGGCCUCCCUUACAGAAGACUACAUCGCGACGCAGGUGGCCGCAAUCCGGUCCGCGACCAAGAGUCCCAUCAUUUUCACCGUUCGCACAGAGCCUCAAGGUGGGCGCUACGCAGGCUCCCCGGCCAAGUACGCCGCGCUGCUACGCGUUGGCAUCCGCCUCGGGUGCGAGAUUGUGGAUGUUGAGGCUGACCUGCCCAGCGACGAGCUGCGCCAGCUCACGCGCUUGGUACCUGCAAGCACCACCCUGCUGGGUUCACUGCACUUCUUGCGCCCUUGUGGUGGGGCCCAGGAACUGACGGCGGCUUUGCAUAACUGUGCACUUGGCGGACGUGCCGACUUGCUCAAGGUCAUUUUUACUGCCGACACGCCCGGUGAUGCGUUGGCGCUCGUGGAGGCGUAUCGGGUGUUGCGCGGCACGCUAUCGCGCCCGGCCAUUGUGAUGGCCAUGGGACAGGCGGGCAAGCUGACGCGAGUGCUCAAUGACCAGCUCACGCCAGUGACGCAUCGUCUUCUCACCACGGCGGCAGCGCCCGGCCAGCUGACGGCGCAGCAGCUUGACGACAUGCGUGCGGAGCUCGGGCUGUUCCCGAAGCGCAACUUCUUUUUGUUUGGCGAGCCGAUAGCGCUCUCUGCCAGUCCACUGAUGCAUAACACUGUGUUUGCAGACCUCAAGUUACCUUACACCUACCAACGCUGCUCAACCAGCAAUGCGCUUGACGCCAUCACCUGUCUGCAGGGCACGAACUGUGGUGGCGGGAGCGUCACGAUGCCUCUCAAGGAGCGAUUGGGUCAUGUGUUGGUCGAUGUCGACGUGCCAGGGCGCGUCAUUGGUGCUGUCAACACUAUUGUCAAAGACAGCCAGGGACAGUUACAUGGCUUUAACACAGACUACCUGGGCAUCUUGGCUGCGCUACGGGACGCAGGAGCGCCAUCAGCACCUCGUGCUGCCCUAGUCUUGGGUGCCGGGGGCACGGCUCGUGCAGCUGUGUACGCUUUGCAACAGCUUGGCUGCCACCGAAUUGUGGUGGUGAACCGCACCGCUGAGCGGGCGCUGGCUCUGGCAGAGCAGUUUCGCGUGGAGCAUGCUGCCGACUUGAUGGCAAGCACGGCAUAUACUUAUGAUAUCGUCGUUAGCACUGUGGCUGCGACCGCCAAUUUGACGGUGCCCGAAGUGUUGCUGACCGCAAGCCGGCCUGUGGUCCUGGACGCAGCCUACAUCCCCUACAAGACCGCCCUUAUCCUGCAGGCCGAGGCAGCGGGCUGUCGGGUUGCGCACGGCAUCGACAUGUUGCUGCAUCAAGGGCUGGCACAAGCUCAGCUCUUUUGCGGUGGCACAACCUUGUCGUCUGAGCUUCAGAAGAAGGUUUGGGCCCGCGUGCACGCCUGCUACCAAGCCAUGCUGGCAAUGGAACCCGCCGAGCGGGUCAUGCCCAACAUUUAGUAUGAUAGUUUGUUUUUUACUUCUUUAAAGAAGCAUGUGCUGAUUGUCGAUGGUCAUUGUUGAACACACGAGUGUGUCCUGAACUCAGGCCUGUGACAUCAAGCAGCAUUUGAGUAUUUUGUGCAUCGCGGCUACUUUUGGUUGGACAACCUGUCCUUAUAUAAUAGCGCACAUACAUGGUAGAAUUGAGUAUGCCGAGCU